GACCGGCUGCUGCACACACCUUACACUGAAGCAAUAGAAGAAGAAGAAGAAGAAGAAGAAGAAGCAGAAGAAGCAUCAGAAUGUCAGUCACGGAGGAUAAGGCAUUAUCAAGUACUACAAUGCUAAGCAUUUACAAGGAAGGAUUAGACGACAUUAUCAACAUAAACACGCUCUUCACAUCAGCAGUCUUCAUCGGAUUAUCCUUUUCCAAUACAACUGAAACCCUCGAGUCCAGAGAGGAAUGUAAGCCGGAUACGGGGAUUGCAAAGAGGCUGGUGAUAUUUGAAGUUUUAUCAUUCAGUUUCUUCCUUCUGUCCACCCUGCUAGCCAAGACACUGAAGCUUCACCUCUAUAUCAUUAAGAAUAAGAACAACUCCAAUUUUCUACUAAUGACCAGGCGCCUGAUGUUGGUAACAGCUGCAGUAGGUACUAUUGCCGGCUGUGUCUUCCUAACGUUGUCAUUGAUAGAUGUCGUUCAGAUAAGGUUAGGGAAGUUAACAUGCACUGGGAGCGCAUGGAUUGCGUCUGGAUUUCUGGUUGCAAUUUUCGCUCUUGCUUUGAUCUUCUGGCUACCCUCGCUUUUAUAUUCUCAGUGCAUCGCGUGGAAACUGGGCUAAACUGGAGAACAAGAAGGAAGUGAUUGUGCUUCAUAUUCAUGGGAUAAGCUAAAGAGUGAUAACCUAGAAGCUAUUAGUCCUGAACUGGUGAAACACCUGUAAUUAAUUUUGAACUCAGCUUGUGUUUGCUAAGUUUUGUAUGCUUGGAUGGUAUGAAAGUUCUGGUUAAUGUGUGAUUUGUCUGCA